GGGAAUUUGGGAGUUGAAAGAGCGGCGCUGAUUAGCGAAUCCGGAAUUGCCUGGAUGAAAGCCCACUUGUGAUUCGCCCUGAGUAGACCAAAUCCCCUGUGGGCUGAAACAGGCCGGACUGAGAGGUGAAACCCAGGAGCGCACGGAAGCCUGGCGGUACCCACACACCAGGGACAGACAGCUCAUCGGGCCGGGGGGUCCAGGCCUGCAGCUCUCAGCUGCCCCCCCCCCUGCAUGGCUGGCACCGUGCUGGGCGUGGGGGCUGGCGUGUUCAUCCUCGCCCUGCUCUGGGUGUCAGUGCUGCUGCUGUGUCUGCUGCUAUCCAGAGCCUCAGGUAUAGCUAGGUUCUCCGUCAUUUUCGUGUUCCUCGGUGCUCUGACUAUCACUGCGGUUCUGUUGCUCUUCCCCCGAGCCAGUGAAUUCCCAGCCCCUGAGGCUGAGAUGAAGAUUGUAGAUGCCUUUUUCAUUGGCCGCUAUGUCCUGCUGGCUUUCAUCACUCUUGUCUUCCUUGGGAGCCUUUUCUUGGUUCUAAUCCAUCACAUCGUGGAGCCAAUCUAUGCCAAACCACUGCGGUCCCACUGAGCCAUCUUCAGGAAAACCAAGACCCUGUUCCUUCCCUCGCUUUGAUGUCAUUGAUGAGCAGAAAGGUAUUGUUUGGAGUCUUGUUUUGACAGCCUUCCUGCCUAAAGAUCGGAGGAUCAUCUCUUCAUCACUAAGACAAAUCCCUUGAGUCCUGGCUUCCAGAAACAGGGUUGCAAAAUUGCCCCUGGGGAGAGAUUCUCACCAGCUUAAGAGGGAUAUUGCCAUCUUCUUAGCACCUGUACCUCAGAUUUUCCAUCUCUUUUGAAAAGGAAAUAGCAACAGGGAUCUGCUUAGAGUAGGUUUUCAAUGAAGACUUCAGUAAAUGAAUUUUGGGAAAAGGGGCACUUUGGCUUCUGCUGUCAAAUCGACGGAAGAACUUGGUCCUUUUUGAUACUAUGAAAAAUUGUUAGUUACGAGGUCAAGAUCAUUUGGGAAAGAAAGACAAUCAAAGUUCAAAAGGUUAUUUCAGUGUAAUGACCUGGAGACGUAUCCAGGCCCCGGUUAUCACCGGGCUCCACAGAGGCCACGGUGUCGCUUCCCGCUGCUCCAAGAAAGCAAGCAACAGCAGCUAAAGGACUGGCUUUCACCUCGAACUCCUGGCCACAGCCUUCUAAACCUCGCAUUGCUAUAUUUCAGGUUUACUCGGGGAUUAGAGGCGGGGUAUGGAAAUGCCAGUUGUGUGUCCUGCUGCUCUGUCUCUCUGGAUUCUUUUGCUUCCAGGGUUUGGUGGCCUUUGUCGCCUUAUUUGGUUACCAUAAGAGUCCACUUGGGGUUACUGUCAUCUCUUUCAUCUUCGUAGCUCUUUCUCCAAAGCUGGUGAGGAAUGUAUAUGCCCAGGCUUAGGUAUAACUUUAUACCUAAGCCCCCAGACCAAGUGAAAUUUGUUAGUAACUAGAGGGGCUCUAGGCUGGUUCCAUUUUGGAAGUCUUAUCCUGGCUCCCUAGAGCUAUUUGAAGAAGGACUUUCUGGCUUAAAAUUAAGAACCAGAAAACGAGCUGGAAUAAGAACUUGAUUGAGUGCCUGCUAUAAUGCCAGUAGCACACUAAUCUUUUUUUUUUUUUUUUUUUAACACAGAUGUAAAUGACAGGCUUGUGUGUUAAGGGCAAAAAUAUGCUUCGUACAAAGCGUAUUUUAGUUUAGCCUGCCUUCUGUAGAUCCUGUAACUACCAGCAGUGGUGACAUGAAUGAUGGGUCACCUUCUACCUUCAUACGCCACGAAGUCAUGUCCAACCCUGAAAACAACCCUCACAGGGUUGGGAUAAGAAGUAGAAGUCUGGGAGGACAAAAUGAAUUUCACUGAGUUCUACAUGGGGGACCCCGAUAAUCAGUGGCUAAUAUGGCACCCCUUGUGCUCACGGCCUUCCUGGGGACAGGGCUUAGAGGGCAUCCUUUAAAUACAAACAAAUCAUCUCAGGGCCCCAUUCAUCCUUCUUUGAUCAAUGGCCUUAGCACAGGUGGUGCCACCCAGAGGGGAUCCCGUGGCAAAGAGACUGUGGUGAUCCCACUGUCUGGAAGUGGGGGAGGGAGAGUGAAUCAGGGCUUCCAUAUAAGAAGACAGGUUAUUUCACAGCCUCUUAAAAUUGCAUCCUGACGAAAACCACAUGAGCAGGACGCCACAACGUUCACAGCGGAGUCGUUUCUCUGAUCCACUAGGUGGCGCUGUCGCGAGCCGGCAGAACACACUUCGUAAUUUUUUUGACAAGUUCCUUUUAUUUCUCACUGGUAAAACAGAAGUAAAGCUAACAUUCUUUCCUGAUGCAUGGUAUCGGAUAUUUAAUCUAAGAAUUCAUCAGAAUUAUUGUACGCUGUUCAGUUGCUAGGGAAUGCACUGCCAUUCAUGCAUGCUGCACACAGCAGGUGUCGGCACUCACUCAGCAUUGACUGUGCUCCCACUGAGUGUGAAGCACGGUCCUGGUGGAGUAAAUCCAUCCCAGAAUGAGGCUCUGAGGCAUCCAGGCUGUCUUCCUCACUCCAUCCUGGGAUGAAGGGAUCCAAAUCACUUUUAAAUGUUUUUAUUCUAACAUAAAGUAAUCCAUUUCUUGAUCUGUUCUCUAAGACAUCAACUUUUCUGUCAGCUCUAUCCUGUUGCUGCUGCAGUUGAAGGGUUUUGUUUUGCUUUGAUUUUUAUUCAUGUGUAAAGAAACCUGCUGCAAUUAUUUCACAGAUGAGAGACAGGCAGAGAGAUACAGGGGUUUAAAAAGUUGCCCAGGGGCUUCCCUGGUGGCGCAGUGGUUAAGAAGAAUCCGCCUGCCAAUUCAGGGGACACGGCUUCGAGCCCUGGUCCGGGAAGAUCCCACGUGCC